AUGCCUCCUUCACUUCCAGGCGAUGGCCGAGGUCGUGUCAUCCGCUGGGGACCCGUGGAAGAGUACUACCCGCAUCGACGCGAGGGAAGAUAUCCCGUUAGGCGAGGCACGGCUGAGACAGCUGAAGUACCUUUUGUUCGCAAUGACAGCAGAUCGGUACCAAGGCCACCUCCUCGACGGUCCAUGGAUGACGUGCCUGUCGAGGUUUACCGCAGAAGGCCUCAACGACAGUAUAGAGAUGCAGUCCCUGUACAAACUUACAACGAAUGGGAAAUACCUGCCCAGUUACCAGUCAAUGACCCCACUGGACCUGAGAGGCAGUAUACCGAGUCUCCACGUCCAAUUGAGAAUGAAGAAGACGAUGAAAAGGAAGAAUCAAGAAGACAGCCCUCAUACGACAGGGCAGAAUUCAUUUGGCGUAGGAAGAGUCGGUCAAGAUCACCAAUCUACUCUCAUUACGAGGCUACGAGGCACAAUAGAUAUCGCUCCCACGAGACUAAUUCAGGCACAAGUGAAAGCGACAACGACUGGUACACGAGGAGGCCGAGAGCAGAUAGCUUCUCAAGUGAUGAUUUUGAUCCCUACGGCAAGUUUGAUUUCUCCACCCAGGCUCAGUCUAUAAUCACAGAGUCUUCAAAGGGUGACGAUUCUGAUGCUGAACCACCCGAGUCUGAAGAACAUGUCGCUCUUGCCAAGGAUGGUAAAGGUGGCAAGACACGCUCUCAUUUGGCUUUUAUUGAUUCCUCGCUUUAUACUGGGAAUGCUGAGACGGGGAGCUCUCAUACUGCGACGCUGAAUGUGAUUCACGAUUUGAAAGGGCAGAAACGGUCCCUGUUCAGAUGGCUCCAUGUGCCGCAAGAUGUCAUGAACUUUGAAGAUUUAUGGGUCGAAAUUAGCCGCGUCUCUGGUCUGUCUGAGCUGGAGAAAAAGGCCAUCUCAAGGCUUCGUGCAGACGUCAAAAAGAACUGCGUCAAAACAAGGACAAAUCCCAAAGGUGCAAAAGUUGGCUACUUGGAACCGAAAUGCAUUGAAGUAUCAUUGAAAUCUCUCAAGCAUGAAACACCAACUACUGAGACAGUCAGUGGCUCAGCUAGGUGGAUCUGUAUUCCAUACUUCUCACUUGAGCAAUACUCUGGCCUGCUCGCGGCUACCAGCUCAUCUCUAUUCCCUGCCCAGACAUUGCUCCAGUUUCAGUACUCAAGAAAUACCGCGGCAAGAGAUAUGGAGCAGGCUGUUGUUCAGUUGGGAAACGCAGAGCGUGGAGAAUGCUUUCAUGUUUCUCAGCUUUGGUGUCUUAUCAUCGACAACAGCUUGAUAGUGACAUGUGGAACAAUGACUCGAGAGGAUUUGAAUGGUCAAGCCAUUGAGAUCAAAGAACGUCCAGCUCGUAUUCUGACAACGGAACGCCAAGGAAAGAUUCUGGUAGAAUAUGGAGAUUCAGUUGUCUGGUCUUUCGAGGUUGAAGAGUGCCAGACGUGGUUUACCUUCUGGCCUUCUAUACCUGAAUUCUGGCAUAAGGAUCAGGCUAUUACUGCUGAAACAUGGCCUAAAAUCCUAAAACUAGCUUCCAACAAUCGAUCUGCGCCGUUUAAGCUAACUAUGAGGCUCGGACGUCCACCUGAGCCUCCUCCGCGUGCCAUUCUUCGUCAAGAACCUCACUUGCUACCAACUACGCACGGUGGGAAAGGAAAGGCCAAGAUCGAUGACUUCGCUCAUAUUCUAGCCUUGCCAGCAGGUCUCAAGGAUUUUGGUGCCCAGAAUGCUGGGCUCAAGUUAGAAGUCCAACUCAAUGCCGCUGAGAGUUUCUUGACGGGUGAAACGACCUUGUCGGAGCGCAAGGCAUACAAAACUUGCAAGUCAGCGACUAGGAUUGAGUGCUACGAGUAUUUGACUAGACUAGCUGGUCGAGUUGAAGACGACGGGAGUGACACUGUUCGCCGGGCAUAUCAGGAGAAAGUUGACAUUUUCAACGCUGCCGAUAUAGUUUACAGCUUCUUCAUUCCUUUGAAGUUCAAUGGCCCGAUGGUUGAUAAGUUUUGGGGGGCUUUAAGAGCGCUAAUUGAGUUGCCCACGAUCGAUGGCGAUUUUCUCCGCCCGUCAUUUGACAACAUCGCUGGAAGUCUUCGAACAUCUCUCAGAUACGUGACUCAAAAUCUCUUCGCUCUACAAAACAUACUUGCCCACUCCUCCAAAGAAGAGCGAGCUGAAGUCGAACUACCAGUAGAAUUCUCCAAGGCAUGGCUAUACAUCGUUAUGGGCAUGGUCUAUAGUUCCAAGGACGAUCUCAAGUGGAAUAGCAGAAUAAAAAGAGCAGAAGCUCUUAUUGAGAAAGGAUCGAAAAAGCUUGUUCAGGGGCUUUGUCAGAAGAGUCUGCUGGACAAAGUCGCAGUGUUGCCACUCGAGGUUCUUUCUCUCAUCAUCAUGGGUUUGUUACAGGAUCAGGUUGGCAAGUCUGAUGAUAUUUGUGACACGUACUCGCAAUAUAUGAAUUCCUUGGACAACGCGAUCACGUCGAAACCAUCGGAUAGGACAUUUCAACAUCAAAUCGAUAUGGUGCAACAAGAGCUUAAAGCAGUCAAUCAGACGCUCUGUAGACAAAAGUCGCUCAUCUCUCGCCUGAGAAAGUCUCUGACCGCCAUCGACACACUUGACAUCGUCAUAGGUCAACUUGAACAUGAGACAGCGUUGAGAAAUGCAGAGAGGCAACAUAGUAGCAACAAAAGGCAUUACUCGGAGACUGUUCCCCCGCCUCCAACUUACUCUCGUCGACACGAUGAUGACUGCACGCGAACCGCCCCUAUCAAUUAUACCCAGGAAGCGACAGCCAACGAUUACAUGGGUCUCGACGAUGACUUCCUAUUUGAUAUGGCUUCGACUUCCAAGCUAUCACCCACAGAUGCAGGCGGUCUCCGCGGUCUCUUCUUCCUCGAGUGUUCACGCCUUAUCGAACAGCGCGAGUUUGAGUUCCGACGCUUCAGUGACUUUGCUAUUGAUCUCGAGCGUGCUAUUGUUUAUAAGAUGGAAUUUACGCGAGAUCGACAGGAGCGGGCUAUUUACGCUUUCACCCUUGUCACUAUCGUUUUCCUGCCCAUCAGCGCUGUUUCGAGUAUUUUCGGUAUGAACACGACUGAUGUGAGAGACAUGCCUUAUUCUCAGUGGCUGUACUGGGCCGUUGCCAUUCCGGUGACAAUCGUGGUUAUUCUUAUUGGGCUGUGGUUUAUGGGAGAGCUGGGUAGCAUAACUCGGUGGUUGUUGAGACGAUCAGAAAAUGGGGGGUCAGGUACAUACUCUCGACCUGCAGCCCUACCACAGACCCUCGAAACCGCAUACUGGACUACUGCUCCUGCACAGUCUACCACUCAAGUGGCAGAGUACUCGUCGCCUUAUCAUGGGCCAAUAGGCCCGUCGUUGGGCGAUUUAUUUUCUAUAUACUACCUAAGCUUGGCAGCCGAGGAGAAGACUGUGGCAAAACCACCACCAGAUAUUUUAUCCCGAAAGCAACUAAAAGGCUCUGCCACCUACUCAGCCCAUAUUCCCGUAUGCAUAUAUGGAAUGGAGACAGCCCUGGUUGCCUUCUUUGCAAGCAAGUGCCUUCGUAUAGGAUUUCCUAUCACCGACACUGACGUGAUACUUUCGCAGCAACCUAACAUAUCACACGAAUCAUUUACUGUCAAUCUCAAUAUUCCCAAGCUGAGAGAGGGCCAUGAAUUGAAAUCAUGGCAAGAAACAGGAGCAAGAGAACUAGCAGACUCAUGCAACUUCCUCCUGGGCGGCUUGGUUAUUGGGGGCGAGACGGGACCGGGCAAAUCACUUAUGGCUCUUACAGCAACGAUGCACCAACUGAAUUAA